GACACCGCUGGGUUCCAGACGUAGUAUCUUGCGCUAUGGCCUCUGUGGUGGAUCUGAAGUCUAAAGAGGAGAAGGAUGCUGAGCUGGACAGAAAGAUCGAAGCCCUGCGUAAAAAGAAUGAAGCCUUAAUGAAGAGACAUAAGCUGAUUGAGGAGGACCGGAAAAUGGCAGAGCAAGAGGGCAAUGCAGUGACCACUCCAAGAAAAAUCAAAAUGUCAGAUGGCGAGCCAGAUAAAGCACGGAAAGAAAAGGAGAAUUUUUCGAUAACACUUGAUGUAUCCCCUGGGGAGAAAAGAAUUGUAAGUGAAGGUAAAGCUCCUCGAGACUCGCACACCCCUACUCGUACUAAAACCUCUCCGAGGAGCCCUACCCAAAGGGCAAGUGUACGAACAGGAGCUUACCCAGGAGGACGGAGCCCCCAGUUUGACAGAUCAGGUGAAACUUUUAAAUUUGAUGAUGACAACAUUCACCCAUCUGAGAGGAUGGAAAGGGGUAGGAGGAGGCAAGGUGCAGAAGCGCCAAAUAGAGGACCACGGGUAGCCAAAGAGGGCCCUUCAGUGGAGCAGUGGACACCGAGUUCUAGAGGAGGAAGAGGUCCAAGCCGAGGAAGAGGUGGAGACACUCCGGGAAGAGGAGGUGGUCUCAUUGUAAAUACAGAGGGUACUUCUGGAACUGACAGAAAGGUCAAGGAAUGGGAGGAGAAAAGAAAGCUGAAUAUAGAGAAGAUGAAUGAGGAGAUGGAGCAAAUUGCAGAAUAUGAGAGGCACCGAAGGGAUGGGAUGAGAGAAAAAAAUCCGAUUCGCAACUUUCUUGAUGAUCCUAGGAGAACAGGCCCUAUUGCAGAGGUUGACAGAAAGGAGGGUAGCCGCAGGCACACCAGAAAUUGGGGAGGCACGGAUUUUGAGAAGGUUAAAACCGGGAUGGACCGGGAAAGUCAUGUGAGAAGAUCUGGAGGUAGAAAUCAGAUGGAUAUGACAUUGUCGAUGACUGGGAGAGAGAGAGCAGAAUAUGUGCGCUGGAAGCAAGAGCGGGAACAGAUUGAUCAAGAGAGACUGGCACGCCAUCGAAAGCCCACCGGCCAGUGGAAGAGAGAGUGGGAUGCAGAGAAAACAGACACUAUGUUUAAAGAUGGAUCCACACCUCAUAUAGAGGAUGAACCUAUGGGCAGAAGAGAGCUGGAUAAGAGAGGCCCUCCGAAGCCCACCACUAUGGCAGAAUUUAUUCCUAGGAGCCUGCAAAGCUCAGGAGAAAAGAGAGAUCAGAAGAGAGGCCGAGGAAAAAACAAACCAUACAGUAUGCAUGACAGCCGUUGGGAAGAUGAUGAUGAGGAGGAAGUAAAUGAAAAGGACCAGAUGUUACCUGUGGAGGAAAAAGAGAAGGAGACGUGUGUGGAGGAAACUGAAGAAACAAAAGUUGAGGGUGCACAGAAAAAUACAUCUAAAGCCCCAAAACCUGUGGUGGAUGAAAAGAAAGAUGAAUUUAAACAUGACAAAGAGGAAUGUGAAGAGGGGGAAGAAGAUGAAGAAGAAUGGACUGAUGCUAGUGGUGAUGAUGAUGAUGAUGAUGAUGAAGAAGAAGAAGAUGAUGGCUCAGAAGUUGAGGAGGACUCCAUUGAAGAGGCUUCCAAAGCUUCUCCAGCAACUCCAAAGGAGCAAAGGCUACCUCAACAGAGGGAGACCCCCAAACUGAUCAUGCCUCCACCUAAUGUGAACAGUGAAGAAGGAGCUGUGGAGUCUAAACCCACCAGCCCAUUCUCCCCGGAUGGGCACCAUCCAGUGACUGACUGGGGAGAGGAGAUGGAACUGCUGUCACCUCCAGGAAGCAGUAAUGAGGACAGCCCUCCUCAAGUCGUUAAUAGGAAGGUGUUCACCAUGGACUCGAGAUCUCACUCAGGUCAGUGAAAGUUUGAGUGGUGCACUGACAAUGGCCUAUAUGCGCACACGUCUCACCCCAAGCUGGUGUAUCUGCUAGUGAUGGUUCACAGCUAAAACCAUGUUUUUCUGUAUGAGAGUCUGUCCUUUAACAGUGUUCACUGAACUGCAGACCGUUAUGUAGUCUUGGAAUUUCCAUUUAAAGAUACGUAAAA